AUGUCUAGUGACGACCACGUGAUGUUCGAUGACAAGAAACUCCUCUUCGGGAUAAUUGGAGGAUCAGUAAUCGCUUACAACGCUGCACGAUACGCUGUCAAACUCAUCAGACAUCGACAGUCACCAUUGAUUCCAGUUGGAAUAGUGAAGGGGCUCUACGUCUAUCCGGUGAAGUCGUGCAAAGGAAAAGAGGUGUUUUCUAUUUACUGUAGCGAGACAGGUCCUGUCGCUGGUGAAGUUCUGGAUAGAAAUUUCAUUAUUAUCAACGGCAAGGAUGGCAGGUUUUACACUGGCAGACAGAAACCAUGCAUGGUUCUAAUAGAGUGUGAUGUUCACGACGGGAUUUUAACAAUGAAAUACAAAGGCGAGAAAUCCAUCAAUGUCAAAAUUGAGGAAGUAAUGAAGCGAAACGAUGUCAGAACGGCAAGAUUAUUUCGAGAGGAACGUACCGAAGGAUUGGACUGCGGUGAAGAAGUUUCCGCCUUCUUAUCGGAAAUCCUUGACGAACCUGACACAAGGUUACUUAUGCAUCGCAAAGGUCUGUACAGUAACAGAGGUUGUGUGAUCGAACGAAAGGAAUGGAAUUUGGAAAUCCCACUAAGAGUGGAUAAAACUCCAUUUGCUGAUGAUGCUCCUUAUAUGAUAAAUACACAACCAUCACUGGACGCGCUUAAUACCAGACUGGAAAACAAAGUUGAGAUCCAACGAUUCCGGCCAAUCAUUUUUAUCGACAAAUGCGCUGCUUUUGAUGAGGACAACUGGUUGACGAUUCACAUUGGUGAUGUAGUGUUUCAGUCCCUGCAGCCGUGUCUUCGAUGUGUAAUGACAACAAUAGAUCCUUCUGACGGAAAGAUGAAUACCUCAGUAGAGCCGUUAAAGACAUUAAGAGGCUUUCGCCUUGCUCCGGAAGGACCGAUGCGUAAUGAUUGUAAGGACAAUCCAAUGUUUGGCAUUGAUGCUGGGAUUAUUCGUCCGGGUUACAUCCAUACUGGACAAACUGUUUAUGUUCGCUAUAAAUCGAGCUUUUUGAAAAACACACCAUUCUACUCAGCUUAG